AUGACUGAGUUUGAAUUUAUAGAACGCACAGACUCCGCUUGUCCGUUCAUAGUAAAAAUGUGGGUUCUUCUUGAAGGCUCGCCUAGUCCCUUAAAGUUGAAAGCGGACAUAACUAAGGUCUCAGAUUUAGAUGACUUUAAAGGAAUUCUCAAACACGAGUACGAAGAGUUAACGAAUGUCAGGCCACAAAAUAUUGUAUUUUUGCAUCAUAACAAUACUCUUAAACCAAAUGAAGACGUCCAAACUUUGGCCAAUACAGCAACAGCUGAGAACCCGCUCGUUGUUCGUUACCCGAUCUCGGCUGUAAACAUUAAGGUGACAUUUGUGUAUGGACAGAAGCAGGGCAAACGCGAAAUACCACAUACUAGUGGUUCUUUCGAUCAGUUGCAAGCCCUUGCUAGAGAAAUAUUUAAGGAUUUAGAGGAAGGAACUAUUUAUUUUGUAAAUGAUGGAACGGAGAUCUGGAACGCAUACAACUUUAACACCGUAGUAAAGUCUCAAACAGCACAAGACAACAACGUUGUGCUUAAAUUAAAAAUUUUGAUCGAGGGAAAAAAGAAAUAUAGUGACUGGAAGCUUAAAGACGUGUUUAAGGACAUACUAAAAAAACCAACAUACAAUUCACUUUCCGAUAUGCCGGUACUUGACAUGACAGAGCUUCCCCCAUUAGAUCCGCCAUUUAAUCAGAAUCAAUUGACAAAAUUUGUUGACGAAAUUAAAGUUAAGCUUAGUUCACUUCGGGAUGAAUUCGGAAAUGAGACGAAGAAUCGUUUAUACAUUGACGCAUUCAUGACGCAUGCAGUUGAUUAUAUACGAACCCAGAUAAAUAAGUCAGUAAGAUUAGACAUGGAGCAAGGACUAGACGGGUAUGGUCCUGUAGAUUACUGGGUAAAGUUAGUUGAAAUUUUGUUGUUUUUAUGCGAAGCAAAAGCUGAAGACAUGAACCAAGGAUCUUCUCAAGCUAUUGUGCAGGCUCAGAGUGGAAUUGAACAAUUAAGUAAACUAGGAUAUGAGGAAUUAUUGAUCUAUGGAAUAGCCUCAACUGGAAAGCUAUGGCGAUUUAUCCGUUGGAGUGGAUCAUCAGAAAAUCCGGAAGUUCAUAUUAGCAAAGAAUAUACAUGCAAUUUCAAGGGUGAAUUGGCAGACGAAAAAGAAAUAUUAACAUAUAUUGCUCAGAUAUUAACAGUGCAAGUUUAUCUUUAUGAUAAAAACAGUGAACAUCCUUCAAAGCGAGUUAAAGUAAAUGAAAAAUAA